CUUGUGAUUGUCAUGACAACGCACUGCUAAGUGUCAAUCAGUCGAUCACAAUAUAGUUUCGUUUGAGAGAUCAGAGUAUUUACAAUUAUGGACCCGAAACAGCUGGAUGUAUUUGGAGUAAUAGCGUUCGACGGUUUCAUGAAAAACGGUUUACAACUGCAUCCAGAUGGGGAGCAUUUAGUAUAUCCGAUAGGUAACAAAGUCACCAUAAAAAACGCAAAGACUGGCGAACAGACCUUUCUCACCGGUCACAAAAAUGUAGUUUCCGCUUUGGAUAUCUCACCUUGCGGAAAGUUAAUAGCUUCCGGCCAAGUGAACCACCAGGGUUUUAAGGCGAUGGUCAUAAUAUGGGACUAUGAAAAACGUAAAAUGAAAACUAAUUACGAAGUUCACAAAGUCAGAGUCGAGGAUGUGUGUUUCACGCAGGACGGACAAUAUCUGGUUAGUCUCGGUGGUAGAGACGACGGUUGCAUUAUAGUGUGGGACGUUCAAAACGGAAGUCCUCUUUGCGGCACCUCCGCUGGAAACGCGCUGAUGAUCGCGCGUAAGAACAUUUGCAACGUAGGUUUUGUCACUGUCGGGGACGGAACGUUCAAGGUUUGGCGCAUAGAUCCAAAAGACCAAAGAGUCCAUGGAAUGGAAGUAAAAAUCGGCAAGAUUAGGCGCGUUAUUAACUGUAUCGUUAUAGAUGAAAACGAUGAAAAUAUCUAUUGCGGAACGACAUCUGGUGACAUCAUAAAAGCAAGGUCAAAUAUGGCAGAAUCGAACGAAGAAUCGACCAAGUAUCCAAUCAUGAUCGGAUGCUAUUCGAAGAUAUCACGUGCUAGAAAAACAAAAACAAGCGAAGGAGAGGUAUACGCGGGUGGCGUGACCAAUUUAUUAUUCUUACAAAAGCAAGAGAUGAUUGUAGGUACUGGAAACGGAACGGUCGAAUUAAUAGAGAUUCCAAAACAUUCAACUGCCCCUAUCGGAACCAGAACGAAGAAAUUACUAGUUGUACCAUGGAUUAUAACGCAUCGCACGGGAAAUGUAUGCGCCACUGUGACAUCAAUGAUACGCUACAAACAUGAUUUGAUACUGGUGGGAACCGCCGAAUGCGAGAUCUACGAAAUGGAAUUAUCGAGUUUUCGUACACGCUUGCUUGUCACUUGUCACACUGAUUCGAUAUAUGAUCUUGCGUUUCCACGUAAUCAUUCGGAGAUAUUUGCAACAAGUAGCAAACACGAUAUUCGUGUGUGGAAAUUGACAACGCAAAAGGAGCUGCUCCGAAUCACAGUGCCAAAUUUCAUUUGUUCCAGUUUAUGUUUCGAUCGCAAAGGCGGCACUAUAAUAUCUGCCUGGAACGAUGGUGCAAUUCGAGGAUUUGUUUUAAACGGCGGAAAUCUCUUAUUUUCAAUUCAUCGUGCUCACACAAAAUCCGUGUCGACAGUCACGAUUACAAAUGACGAUUGCAGGCUCAUUAGUGGCGGCUGUGACGGCCAAGUGCGAAUAUGGGAUGCAAAGUCUGAAACGCGACAACUGUUAGAGGUCUUGAAGGAACACAGGGGUCCGAUAACGUCGUUGCAUGUUUCACCUGAUGAUAAAAAUUUGAUUAGUUCCAGUACAGAUGGUACAUGCAUAGUCUGGGAUAUAUGGAAUUUCACGAGAAAGUUUGCGUUACAAGGAAAUACAAUGUACAUGUCAGCAUGUUUCAUACCUAGCGGUGUUCAAGUUUUGACGUGUGGUACGGAUGGUAAAAUAGCUUAUUGGGAGACUUUGGAUGGAUCGUUGGUUAGAGAAGUCGAAGGUUCAAUAACUGGCACGUUGAACACUAUAAGUGUCAGUCACGACGGACGAUAUUUUCUCACUGGAUCCGACGAUUUGAUUAUAAAACUGUGGGAAUAUCGUACCGCGAAUAUUAUCAGUUUAGGUCUUACUCACGCUGCUCCAAUCACGGCUUGUGCUUUUGCUCCGAAUGACAAAUUUAUGGUUACAGUAAGCACAGAUGGUGCUAUAAUACUCUGGAAAUGUCCUUCCGAAAUAUCGAGCGUGCACGAUAACGGAAUAGAGGAAUCGACCAUAAAAUGCUCGUCAAGUUCUCAGAGCCACCAGAAUGACAAAAUUUUAGAUGACACUGUACACCGUAACAACAGUGCUUGCAACAACUCCAAUACGCACGCAAGUAUGUAAAUGUAUUUAUUAUAAAAGCUCGGAC